GCUUAUGGGUGGCGUUAGUACUCGUAUGUUUCAACUCCCAGCCUGACAGAUUUUUUUUUUUCUUUUUGUGUGUGUGUGUGUGUAACCACGCCGACACAGUGGCUGCCAAGGCUUACCCAUGAGUUAAACCUUCUUUAGUUGGUAAUGAGGAAGGCGUGGGCUCUAGCAGUGGACACCCGAAGGCAGCAGUGGGUGAAAACAAGCAAAAUAAAGAAAAGUUUGGCUGUGAGAAGGUGCUAGACAGCCAGCCAUAGUGACCAGGAGGCAGGAAGGUAUCACCACCACCAUCACCACCACAGGGAAGCCGUGGCUCAAAAGCCCUCCCAGCCGUGACGUCAUCAGAGGGGUACCUUCCCUAACUCCCUUCCAGUCCCUCCCAUGAGAGAUGGGGAGGAGGAUUUAAAAGAACAUGUUUGCAGUGCGCUGUCAGCCCUCACCUGCGCCGCCUCCCCCAGUGAGCGGGUGUAGGCCUGGGAAUAGAACAUAUGCAGACGUCUUGGCAGUGCUGUGUAUGUCUGUUUGUCGAUGGUCAAGAAGGAACGUAGCAAAAGUUUAAGGUAGGGGAAGGAGGCAUGCUCUUCAGCACUUCAAUUCUCGCAUCAGACUGCAGCAGAAAUCAGGCAGAAUGAAGAAGGUUCAGAGAUAUGACUAUUUCCUUGUACUAGAUUUUGAGGCAACAUGCGAAAAUGAGAAAAAAAUGAAUCCACAGGAAAUCAUCGAGUUUCCCGUGUUGAAGGUGAAUGCCCAGACAUAUGAGAUAGAGGACACUUUCCAGCAGUUUGUCCAGCCAGAGUAUCACCCAAAGCUCACUCGCUUCUGUACUGAACUGACCUCUAUAACACAGGAAGAUGUAAACUCAGCAAAAAUAUUUAAGGAAGUAUUUGAAGACUUCAGGCACUGGAUGGAGGAGAAGGUUGGGCUGGACAAGCGGUUUCUUUUUGUGACGUGUGGAGACUGGGAUCUGAAGACCAUGUUACCAUCUCAAUGUGCCCUCCACAACAUCCCUGUCCCUCCCUACUGUAAAUCGUGGCUCAACAUUAAGAAGUCUUAUGCCAUCAAGAAGGGUGACUAUGUGAAGGGAAUGUAUCCUAUGCUGGAUGGACUCAAUCUGCAGUAUUUCGGAAUCCCACACAGGGGCAUCGAUGACUGUAAGAACAUUGUCAACAUCCUAAGGGCACUUGCUGAUCUGCAGUGUGAGUUUCUGCCAACAUACUACACUGAAUAGCAAAGGUGUGUCCUGGAGUGUGAUGUGAUAUGAUGUCAGUACAAACUGUUACACACUUUGUUUUCUGACUGCCCUAAAGGCUAUAAGCUUACUGAAUCAUACAUACAUCUACUUACACUGGCAACACUUCCAGCACAAUUAUCUUGCUAGGAAUCCUAUUGCCUAUGUCAGACAAUAGAUCACAGAAAAAAAGUACUUGAUAUAUUACACUAAUGCUGGAAACCAGUAAACACUAUAUAUAGCAGAAAAGAUGCCUGGCAUUGUCUCAUCUUUAGUCUCAUACUGAAUAUGUGUAAUAUUUUGUGAUCACGUUCAGUACUACACAGUUCCUUUGCCUGCAGCCUUCCAGAUGGCCUGUGUGUAUAGUAAGGACUCUUUAAGUAGGUAACCUCUUCACUGCCACAUUUUUAUCCCAUAAUCACCUUCAGGUUUAUUUGCAGUCUCUUAAACAGUUUUUGUCACCAAUAAGAGACAAAAUGUACCUUUUAUUCUCCUUAUUUAUUCUGUUUCCAUGCAAAUGCUUUUUUAAUCCUGUAAAUAUUAACAGAGAAUGAUUGCAGUAAUGAAAGAGCUCAGCGUAAUAAGAAACAGGAAUGUGAAAUGAACAAAAUGAGAUGGUCAAGUGGUGUGACUGGAACUGAGGUGAUAGUUCACUCGGCUCACAGCUGAGAGAACUAAGAGGUCUUGGGGUCAAGUGUGUGGCCAAGGCAGAGACCAUUUAGGCUUCUUCCAUGCAGCUUGUGUAUGGAAGGCAGACUGAGGAACAGUAGUCUCAUAACUUUGAACCCCACCAGGACAUUUGUAGCCAGUUUUGUGUGGGACUUGACUCCUGAACCAUUUGGGGAGACAUUUGUUUUUGAAGAUUCAGCCUCAUAGUGAAAAAAAAAAAAGAAAAAAGAAAAAAAGAAAAAAAAGGGCAAAAAAAUAAAUUGUGAUUAUGUAAGCCAGGCAUGGGGUAUGUUGUAGAGAUCUUUUAUAGUCCUCUUUUAUAAUACCUCUCUUGUACCUUCCAUUUGCUUGAGUCUUUCAUUACACACAGACUCAAUUCUUUACAUGGGUGAGGGUGUGUACAUUGCUCACAGUUCUCUUUUGUAAGACUGCUUGUACUUUCUGUUUAUUUGACUUUCACUUGAGAGAACUGAGCCACUUGUUGAAUCAUUAAACUUUUGUUAAAGGUUAUACAUAACCAUGAGUGUAAAAGAUACCAGGAAGUGUUGAUGCAGGAUGUCCAAUGGUGAAAUUGUGAGUUAUUCAGUCAUUAUUUCUACAAGUUUUGUGGUAUUACAUUAUCCUGUAACGAGACAAUUAGUAUUGACAGACAGGUGAUUUAUCGAUAAACAUUACACUGUGAUAGCAUGGCUGUAAUUAACGACAGAUAAAAUAAUAGGCUACGUGACACCUUGGCUACCCAGGCAGGGAGGGUGAAGGAGCAAGGCUAGCAGCAAAUCAGCUGAUUGCCAGCCAGUCAUUUGCAGUUUUACUCCAAGAUGGUGACACUGAAUAUAUUUAGAUUGUAUACUGCAUGAUUCUGACAGAAAAAAAACUGUUGAAAAUGCUACACACUUAUAGUAGGGUAGAGUGUGUGGACAUGGUGUUUCUACAACGUAAACACCCGCUUGGCCCAGCUGUUGUGUCUGUCGCCCAGCCACAUAUGUGUAUAGAACAUUUUUCACUUAAAGUAACCUGUACUGUCGCCUCCAGCAAUAUCCACAGAAACUUGUGUUACACCCUAUAUCCCUGCAAAGUGAAGGCAGGAGUACUUUCUCUUCUUUUGGCUAAGGGGCCAAGAGAGUGGUGUGAAGGAGUGUGAAUAUGAAAGUUAUGUGCCUUGUCUUGGCCACACUUUUUUAUGGGGACAACAUCCUUUCUGUGUAUAUAAAUCUAUGAAAAAUAAUAGCCAUUUCCACUUCUUAUUGUUACAGGAUAUGGAUGAUAUAUUUUCUGUCAUAAACAUCUUUGUGCAUUAACAAUAGUUUCUGAUGAUGAUUAACAAUGAAAGGAAAAUGAAUAAUGGUAAUAAAAGUUCCCUGGUAUC